AUGCACGGAUCUUUAAUUGAUUCUCAUCAUAGAUCAUCAUUGAAUGGUAACAGAUUAGGUACAUUAUCAUCAUCGGAACAUAUGCUUGCUGAUGAUGAACAAAUAAAUAACUCAUCGAAUGAUAUUCAUUCACUUACUCCAUCAGACUCCAUACCUGUAAGAAGAAGCAUUGCAAGUCUUCAUAAUAUCGAUGAAAAUGAACCUACAAACAUCAUAAUACCAUCAACGGAUUUUUUUCGUUGGACACGUGGUCAUAGACGUGUUAUGUUAACAUUUUGUACUAUAUGUCUAUUCGCUUUUAUGACCGGUAUUGAAUAUGCAGUUAUUCUUCCAACUGUUUUUGACUAUGUGAAAACUAUGGCUAGUGAUAAUAUAUAUGUUGGUUUAACUCUUUCAUGUUACAGUAUAUCUGGUUCUAUAGUUGGUAUGAUCAUGGGAAUAAUCUCUGACAUGACUGGACGUGUUAAAUUUCUUAUUAUAAUAUGUAGCGUAUUUGAAGUCGCUGGAAAUAUACUUUAUUGUAUUGGCAAGGAUAUUCGUCGUGUUUUAUUAGGACGAUUAAUUGCCGGUGUUGGAAUGGGUGCUGUACCAUCUAUUCUUGCUGAUAUUGCUCAUCGUACAACAGAAAAUGAUCGAACAAAAGCCAUAUCAAUUAUUCUUGGAUGUCGACAACUUGGUUUGUUAAUUGGACCAUGUUUUACACUUCUUAUUAGUUUAAUGAAUUUUAAUAUCGGUCCUGUUCAUGUAUAUAAUUUAAAUGGUCCUGGUUUUUUAAUGGCUACAAUUUGGUUAAUAUUAAUCGUAGUUUGUUGGUUUUGUUUUUAUGAUCGAACAACAAAUCCAAUAUCGUCAUCCUUAUCAAAUGGAAUACAUUCUAUUAUAAAAUCAGAUCGUACAUCUGAACAAGAAAAACAAAAAGUAUCAUUUAAAACAUAUCGUGAUCAAUAUAUCCGUAUUGAAAUCUUUGUUUUAUUUCUUACAACAUUUAUAACUUAUUUUAAUCAAACAGCAUUAGAAACAAUUGUUACAUCGUUUGCUGAAACAAAUUUUAAAUGGAAAACUGUACAUACAUCAAUCUUAUUUGCUGUUGGUGGUUUAGAAAUUAUUUUUGUAUAUAUUGCACUUGUAAAAAUUAUAUCGAAACGUUUUGAAGAUCGAAAUAUACUUAUAUUUGGUUUGAUAUCAUUAACAUUUGCUUGUAUGAUAGGAACAUUUUUUACAUGGGCAUCACAUUCAUUACAUUGGUUUGGUCAUCCAAAUCCAACUGUUGUUAAUAAACCUUUACUUACAUUAUUUAUUCUUUUUGUUAUAUUUGAUUUACUUAGUCUACCAUUUAUAGCAGUAACGAGUGUAUCGAUUUUAACUAAAUUAACAAUUAAAGAAUUACAAGGAUUUUCACAAGGUAUACAAAGAUUAAUUAUGGGAAUUGGAACAAUUGUCGGUCCAUUAUUUGCUUCAUCUCUUCUUCAACGUCUUCAUAUAAUGAUGACAGUUAUGCUUAUUCUAACCAUAUUAACUUUGAUAGCAAUUUGUUUUGUUAUUAAACGAUUACGUCCAUUAUCAAAAAAUCUUCCAUCGAAUGAUAUAGAAAAUAUACAUAAUAAUAAUCAUAAUUUAUCAUCUAAGAAUGAUAAUAAUGAAAUAGAUUCAACGAUGAUAGUAUCGUCAAAAAAUUCUUAUGUUACACUUAUUCAACAUGAUGAUGAUCUAUCUAAUAGAAAUUUUAAAUCUAAAUCACCAAAAAAACAUUUAUCGAAUCAUAAUUCAAAUGGUGAAAUACAAAAUCAAUCAUUUAAUAGUCAUAAACAAUGA